UCCUCUGACAUUUUGUUUUGCUUGUGGAAGGAUUUGUGCAGGUUUAAAUAAAGAACAAUUAAAAUAAAAACAUUUAAGUAGGCGACAUUUUUCAGUUUUUUACUAUCCAAUUUAAAUUAUACAGCAUAAUUUUUAAGAGAGCGUCAAUUUCAUAUUUACAAUACAAUAAGACAUGAUGCAAGAAUGCGUCGCAAAUCCCGCAAAAACAACAUCUAAAAAAAAGGUUAUGCAUCAUGACGAUUUUAUGAAACGCGUACGAAAAUCUCUAUAUUUUGGUUAUGAUUUAUAUGACGAAGAUGCUUUAGAAAUAUCUAAACCACUUGCUGAAUACGCCAGCGAGCUCUUUUCGAACUCGCACCGAGGUCACACUUUAAAUCGUUUAAGUUAUGUAGACGCCUCAAGCGUGCAACAAGCUACACCAGCGGCGUUAAUUAUGGCCUUAAUUUAUUUGGACCGUUUGAACGUAACAGAUCCGAGUUACGUCAGACGUAUUACUCCUCAUGAGCUGUUUAUUGUCUCUAUGAUGAUUUCAACGAAAUUCUAUAUUGGUCAUGAUGAAGAAAUCUAUUUAUCUGAUUGGGCUGAUGACGGCAAUAUCUCUGAGAAUCAUCUAAAACAAUUGGAAUUGGAAUUUUUAUGUGCCAUUGAUUGGAAUAUCUACAUAUCGAAUGAACAAUUUUUUGACAAAUUAACUAAGGUGGAGAAAACGUUGGCUCGUAGAGAAGGCUUACGUCGUGGUUGGUUAACUUAUUCGGAAUUAAUGCAAAUGUUACCGUCGUUUACAUUGGCAAAAUUCUUGCUUAAUAAUGUGACGAUUAUGGCAGUAAGUUACGCUGCUAGUGUUAUGACUAUAGCGGGGGCAUUUUUCUUGGCCAGUCAGAUACCCGGGACAUCAUUGCAUCGUAAGCCGAACGUGUUCAAUGACGCUACGAUUGCCAAUAGCAAUCUAAAAAACACCGAAAUGGAAAAUACCAAUGCUAAAAUGAAUUCAUCUGUUUCUAUAAUGAAUCCUAUGGGAAACCAGAUUAAUCAUACUAACCAAUUGAGUCUUCGCAUUGCAAAUGAAUUUGCCACUUUAGAACGACAAUAUCGUGACGAAAGUGUACAUGAAUCUCUACAAAAAAAGCAGCGAGAAAUCGCCACCGAAUCACAUUUACCGUUACCCCAACAACUGCUUUUGAUCGAACUGAACAUGAAUGAAAGAUGUGGCAAACAUGGCAAGAGUCAACAACAGCAAGAUCACUGGUUUGCGCAUAAGGAAGAAUACAGUGAUUAUUGUAAAUUUUUCAUGAAUCAACUGCCAGUUGACGGAACUCGACAAUCAAUAAAGAAAAAUGAUGAUAAAACGAAUUUUGACGGUUACAAAUUUCAAACAUUAAACAAAAAACGUAAUAAUUCCUCGAGUGUGUCCUUAUUGUGGCAUUUUUUCGCGAACACCAUACAGCAAGGUACCUUAAUGCGUCUACCCCUUUUGUGGUUAAAGUUUAUGUAAAACAGAAAACAUUUUUCUUUUUGAAAUUUUAUCUCUGUAAAAGAUUUUUAAAUUACAUUAUUACAUUAAUUUUAAAACUAACAAAAAUAAACCUGAUCUUUUUUACACAUGUACACAUACCCUUAAGAACAAGCAAGGAUAUACAUUUGCCUCAAUAAAUGCUAAACUUUAUUUAAUAGCAAGAAAAAAAUUCUCCCGACUUGAGGAUGCUUUGUAUUAUUAAAGUUGUUUCCCACAUAACGCCGAAAAUCUAGAAUUCAUUUGUAAUAGAAUGUUUUAAAGCCCAACAUUAUCAAUUGGAUUAAAUAUUGAUCGAGUUUUUUAAUGCACAAAAUUUUUGUACAGUAGCACAACCUUCACAUUAAAACUUGGAUUCGAUUUUGUUAACUUUUUUAUUCUCAUUACCAAAGAAGGAGG